GUGUGCCCCCCGGUAACGCUGUGUGUGCCCGCAGGUCCCGCUAGCCCAGCCGGAGGAUGUGACCCGGUGCCGCCGCCCGGUGAGUGAGCAGGUCCCUCCGGAGUGGGCUGCGAUCGGUUCCUCGGAGCUCCCCCCGCCCCGGCUCAGCAUGUCCGAGGUGCUGCCCUUCAGCGAAGCGGAACAGCGGGGCCACUAUGCGGACGGAGGGGGGGACAUGGCGGGGCAAAUCCCCCUCACCUGCCGCCUGCAGGACACCGGCAACUUCUAUGGCAGCUCCGGCCAGGGGGGCGGCAAGAGACCCCCCAAACUGGGGCAGAUCGGCCGCAGCAAGAGAGUAGUGAUUGAAGACGAAGGGAUCGACGCGGUUCUCACGCUCCCGGAAAAGGCCCCUCCCGCUGUUUAAACCCUUCGCCGACCUUCUCACCGACCGAACAUGAAAGGGAAAGAGAGAGAGAGGAAUGGCUUCAGCUGCCGGGAAGCUGAAUGAGAUUCGGGGGGGGGAUUUGCUGGGCCCCCCGUGGAUUUGCUGGGCCCCCCGUGUCCGACUGGGAUGAAUAACAGACAAAAACUACAUAAAAUGGGAAAAAAAUAACAGACCAAUCAGCAGACGGAAACCAAAACCCAGAGACCGUGCAGCGGCAGCCACCGAGAUUUUGGUUCCAUUGCUCCGAGACCCUCCGUGACCGUUCCGCUGACCCGGAGAGAGGGAAUUGUACCGGCGAGGGGAUUCACGGUGUGUCGGACAGCCGGGGGUGGGGGGGUAUUAUUAAAAGCAUGAGGGGGGAUUCCAUUAUUCUGGGUGAGGGACAAAUCAGCCAAUAGGAUUUUGCGCAGAUCAGACGGCCGUGCUGCGGCGCUUUAGGAUAUAAGCCAAAGAAAGGGAUCGGAAGACGCUGGGAGAUGUAGUUUCAGCCAGUGGCAUAACUAGAAUUCGCUGGGCCCCACUUUUUAGGGACCCCCCCCCCACUAUUCCCACCCCCCAGGAUCAGUUUGGCACAGAACCUGUUCCCCCCCAGUCCCCAGCAGCUGCUUUGUCAUUGUGCCCUCUGCAGAACUACAUCUCCCAUCAGCCCCCUCUGCACCUCAGCAGGCAGGGAGUUGUAGCCCAGCAAUUGUAGCAGUGCAACUGACUCCUCCCCUGAGGUUAAACAUUGGCAGAUACUUCAUUCCCAUUGGCGGAUUUACACCCCCCCCCCCCCCAGUACCGCGGCUUUGGAACAUACCGAAUGGAUACCCUUAUCCGUUAUGCCGCUUGGGAAGUGGGAAUGCUGGGAGUGUCCAUAGGCACCAAGGGUGGGAUGUGUUCAACAGGAAGACUGUUCCUUAUACAUGAAAGGGAGCUGCCAUAUUGCUUGCCUUGGCUGAGCUGUACGUCAUUGGCCGGUAGCAACAGCGUUCCUAUUGGUCGGGAAAAUCAGGCCAAGGCCAGCAGUAUUCCCGCUUUUGUGUAUAAACGUAGGGGAAACUGAAUAUAUGUUUUACUUGUAAAUAAGGUUUAUUUCCCCUUUACAAAAAAAGCUUUUGUAAAAAAUUAAAGGGGAAGUAAACCUUAUACACAAAGCUGUGGUGCGGGAGUUGCCAUACGGUGAUACUCAACAGCCCGUGUCAGGGUGGGGCGUUAACAUUAGCUGCUGUUUAACCCCUCUGGUGCUGGAAGGAUUUGAAGACCGACCCACCAAGAGGGGGGUGGGAGGGGGUUGUUUAUUAGAAAAAAAAAAAAAAAAAAAGUUGCGGCAGCUCAGUUCAUUUUUAACGAGAUUGUUGGAAACUGCUGUUUUUUGGACAUUACGUGAAUUCCUGGUGGGGGGCAGAGGAGCUGGGGGGGGGCCCUCGGGGGGGCCCCGGACUCUGCUCCCUAAAUUGUUUACAUGAUUUAAACUUGCAAAAAAAACUCCCCCCCCCCAAUUCUAUAAAUAUAUUGCUCUAUAAAUAUAUAUAUAUAUAUUCCUAUCUGUGCACCUUUGCAUGCUGAGAUCGUUUUGACAUGUUCUCCGACGGAUAGAAUCAUUUUUAGCCGUGCAAUACUGCGUGUACGUGGGAGGGGGGCGGGGUGUGUUUGGGGAGGGGGCGGGGCAACAUGGAGUGGGCGGGGCAACAUGGAGUUUUCUAAAGGAUUUUAAAGGAAAGAGAAACUAUCAUUUGUAUUUAAGCAAAGGGAUUUCAUGCCAUUUAUUUGGUGAUAGGUGGGCGGGGGGGUCCUUUGGUUUGUCCUUAACCCUUUCGAUGCUGGGCUAGGGCAGCCCCCAUGAGUCAUAGCUGUGGCCCCCAGGUUCAGCUGCAGUUGCCUUGCUGCCCCUUUGAUUCCAUUCCUGUGCCUAAUGACUUGCUAAUUAUUAGCCAUGCAGCACGGGGCACUUAUGGGGGGGUGACACCCCAAUAGAUGGGACACAGUGAUACAAUCAGACGUAAUGGCUGCAGCGUUCCAGAACCUCCCUGCUGUAUGCUAAGUCUCUGGAAUGUUCCGCAGCCUGGUCAUUGGCCAAAAGGAAGAGUCCUUGCAGCCACGGACUAUCUGUCAUACUGGCACUAAAGAUCUGGCAUUUAAGGUGACAGUUCCUUCCCUACAUAGGGUGACAAAUUGCUAUAUCCGCUGUUCCAUGAUGGAUCCCUUACAGUUACUGUUUAUUAUCUGCCCCAUGGCAUUCUGGGUCCUGAACAUUAUCUGGUCUUUAUUUUUUUUAAAAAAACUCAGUCCCAGAAUUCCUUGCUGUAAAAAGGGGUACAAUCCCAAUCCCAGAAUCCCUUGGUGUUAUGAGCCCAGUCCCAGGAUCCUUGUCUGUACUGUACAGGGGGUUACAAGCCCAGUCCCAGAAUCACUUGGUGUUAUGAGCCCAGUCCCCAGAUCCUUAUCUGUACUGUACAGGGGGUUACAAGCCCAGUCCCAGGAUCACUUGGUGUUAUGAGCCCAGUCCCCAGAUCCUUAUCUGUACUGUACAGGGGGUUACAAGCCCAGUCCCAGGAUCCCUUUCUGUACUGUACAGGGGGUUAUGAGCCAAGUCCCAGGAUCCCUUUCUGUACUGUACAGGGGGUUACAAGCCCAGUCCCAGGAUCCUUUCUGUACUGUACAGGGGGUUAAGAGCCCAGUCCCAGGAUCCUUUCUGUACUGUACAGGGGGUUACAAACCCAAUCCCAGGAUUCCUUUCUGUACUGUACAGGGGGUUAUGGCCCAGUCCCAGGAUCCUUUGCUGUACUGUACAGGGGGCCCAGUCCCAGGAUCCCUUUCUGUACUAUACAAGGGGUUAAGAGCCCAGUCCCAGGAUCCUUUGCUGUACUGUACAGGGGGUUACAAGCCCAGCCCGAGGAUCCCUUUCUGUACUGUACAGAGGGGGUUAAGAGCCCAGUCCCAGGAUCCUUUGCUGUACUGUACAGGGGGUUGAGAGCCCAGUCCCAGGAUUCCUUUCUGUACUGUACAGGGGGUUGAGAUCCCAGUCCCAGGAUCCUUUGCUGUACUGUACAGGGGGUUAAGAGCCCAGUCCCAGGAUCCUUUGCUGUACUGUAUAGGGGGUUAAGAGCCCAGUCCCAGGAUUCCUUUCUGUACUGUACAGGGGGUUAAGAGCCCAGUCCCAGGAUCCUUUGCUGUACUGUACAGGGGGUUGAGAGCCCAGUCCCAGGAUCCUUUGCUGUACUGUACAGGGGGUUGAGAGCCCAGUCCCAGGAUUCCUUUCUGUACUGUACAGGGGGUUGAGAUCCCAGUCCCAGGAUCCUUUGCUGUGCAGUACAGGGGGUUACAGGCCCAGCCCCAGGAUUUCCUUCUGGUCGGGCAAUUUGCUAGUUUAUUUAUCAGUGCCAUUUCUGACCUUCGGGGGUCAGUGUAAUUAUUGAUCAUUGUAAAUAUUUAGUGAUUUCCCUCUUGGAAGGAAAGGCAGAGGCGGCAGAGCUCUCCCCAAGGCUGAUGGGAAGGUCACAGGCACAGCUGCGUUACAUUUACUCCUGCGUUCCACUGAGUUCUAGCCUCUGAUUGGUUCUUAGGAAAAUUCUCUUCUGGGGCAGUGGUACCCCCCCUUGGCUCUGCCGUGUCCCUGAGAGUAUAGAUAUAAUGUACAUAUAUAGAGAGAGAUCAGAAGUGGAGUCAAGAGCAAUUUGGGGUUAAAUUGGAGUCAAAUUUAAAUUUCAUGGCAAAAUAAAAUUCCUAUUCCAGUGACUGCAGUGAUAGGGUCAGGGAGACCGGUCCGUAUUCACACGUGGUGAUCCCGGUUCCAAGAGGGAAUUCCUUUGUGGGGCUGAAUAUUUCCCAUCUCACGUGGGCUCAGGGCUUUGUUCUUCUUUUUAUUUAUUUCACUGUAUAGUGGGAAAAAAAUUUAACCCCUUGUUAGACCAGAGGGCGCUACGCUUACAGAUGCACUGCAGCCCCGUCUGGCCCGACGCAUGUAAAUAACGCAGUCCCUUCCCGUUAGGCGCAGUAAGAAGAUUUUUUACAUUGUUUUUGCUCACCCAAUGAAAAGCCACGUACUAAUGUUCUUGCCUAAAGGGACCUUUGGGGUGCGGCCAUGAACUUGGCCAAUCCUGGUGCGAGAGUAGAGCAGUCCCUAUAGGCAGAAUUGCCAAACAUGUAAAUGGGUGAGCCAGUAAGGGUUAAAAAAGGCCAAGGCAACCUUAUUAUUUCCCUUAUAAGUGUAUAGGUAAGUAUAGGGGGGGACUGAGGUGGAUUGGCAGGCUGGAAAAGCGGCAGGGCUUGUGGGGGAGUGGGCGUGGUUGGGUGGCUCGUAGGUGGGGUUUAUACAUAAUUGGGGAGUGGCCAGGGCAGAUCAUUAGGGCCCUAUAUUACUCGCUAGCAACCACCCAGGGGGGCCAAGUGCCCAGUGGGCAAAUAAUUAGGGCCCUGCUGGGGGGGUGGGAUCUGCUAACUUAGUAUUAUGGGGCCACAUGGUUAUUGAGUGCAAGGUGUAACCAAUGGUUACAGGACCUUAGGGCAGGUAUAAGUGGGGUCCCAGACAGGGGUCACAAUGGUGGUGGUUGGGGGUUCUGCGCAAUUUAGCUCUAUGGCAGCUCCCACUUGCCCUCAUAUUGUGAGAAUGAGCCCCACCUGUUUACAGGGGAUACAGAUUGCCCGGGGGGUCCCUAAGGGUCAGGGGGUUUCUUUGGAGGCGGGGUAUGUUUCUUUGGUGUCACAUCCCAAUAAGCAGUGUUAUUGCAAUCUGAAUGUGUUUGUGAUAUACUAUUUUCUAAGUGUAUAGCGACUACUGAGGCGAAAGCGUUUCUGACUACGGACGUUAUUCCUGUCCUUCAUUGAUGUCAAUAUCGGCCUUUAUGUGCCCUGGGCUAUAGGAUUCCCAAUAUUCACUCAUUGGGGCUCAUUUAUUAACACUGGGCAAAUUGGCCCAUGGGCGGUAACCCAUAGCAACCAAUCAGUGAUUGCCUUCUUUCAGCCAGCUGCAUGUAGAACAAUGAAUGCAACAAUUUGAUUGGUUGCCAUAGGUUACUGCCCAUGGGCAAAUUUGCCCAGUGUUGAUAAAUGACCCCCAUUGUCUCCAUAGGGUUUGGCCAGAGUCGCCACCUCCCGCGUGCUGAUUGGCUGAGAAUCGAUUCAAUAGCAGCACAUAAACCACUCAGCAGUGCCGCUAAUUAGCCAUACAGGGCGUGGGUUAAAUGGGGGUGAAGUGGCGACCCCCCGCCCCCCCAGACUCAUGUCUCGUCUUCUGUUAUUCCUUUUAUUCAUGGUGGCGCUAAGGUGUUCCUGGACUACAACUCCCAGCAUGCUUUAGUCUAUUAUAAGUGAUAAAUGUUGGCAGUUGUUGUCCAGUGAACGAAACUAAGCGGUUGGGUACCGAUGUGUCCAGAAUUGCAAGCUCCUCGACCAAAUCUGCUCUUCCUUUGGCUUGCUGAGAUUUCUGGGAAAUGUAGUGAAGCGAUGGAUUUCCAAUAUGGAGGAUGAGUAUCUGGACGGCCGAUAGUAUCAUAAAAGCCGACAGCUGGAGGGUGGCAGUUGUCCUGUUUGUGUGUCUCUGUGCCUCCAUCUUUGCACCCUGUGUCCAUUCCAGUGUCUCCCCCUUUGGUUUGGAGAAUAUGAGCUACAGCCUAGCUCCGUGGGGCUCAUUCACUAAGGGGGCAAUUGUCAUUAUGUUAUUAUGAAAAUGGCCGCCCAUACGGCACGGCGGCACCCUUAGUCAAUAGGCCUCGGCGGUUUCUAGGGACCUGUCUGAUGUUCUGCAAAACUAAAGAUAUAAAAGGUGGGUGGGUUCAUGUGAAGCAUCUGGCACUCUUAGCCACACCCCUCUCCAUGAGUGCGCCAGAUGCACCGGGGAAAGAGUCCCGCCCCGAUACAAUGCAGCGAGACUAUUGGGCGCAGCUCCAGACAUUGCACAAGGUGACGCAAAGGGUUGGCAUUUUAUUCCCUUUAUUUUUGGACGUAUUUCUGAUCUCAGAGACUGUGGUGCUAAACCCUCCACCUCUUCCGACAAACAGGAGCUGCGUCCCGAUAGGGCGGGGUAUUUGGGGCGAGAGCAGGGGUGGGGCUGCGUAGAAUGGGGCCCCGUUAUGUUCCCACCCAACCGUCUGUCAUUCACUUCUGUUCUUAUUACCCAGCGGCAGAGCUGUCUCCCCCCCCCAGAGUCCCUCUGCCGCUGAAAGGGUUAAACUAUGUGACUGUAUCGGUGGGGAAUGAGGCACUUGAUUUAAUACUAAUAAUAAUAAUCAUAUAAUUGCUGUUUUUAUUGCAAUAAAUUGUUGAUACUGUUA